GUUGAAUCAGUGUGGCUCCAGCCGUCAUGCAGGUAGGAGGUAUGACGCUGGUGCUCAGUUACCUGGCCAGCACGCGCCCGGAGUCUCAAGGUCAGAUUUUACCUUGAUACCCAAGUGUUCUGAAGGUGCCGAGGGUGGCGGUGGGCAGGGCGCGGCCCUGCUGAGGGCAGGGCGCCAUGGCCACGCGCCGCUCCGUAGCGUGGGACUUCGUGGUGGUGGUGGUGGGUGCCGCAGCGUUGGUCUUCCUGGUGUGUUUCACCUGGGAGGCGGACCAGUACGCAGGGCCACCACCACCGGCCCCCCUCCUGCCUCGCCGUCCCGCUCCGCGCGGACCCCCGGAGCUGUUCCCGCCCCCUGGACCGCUGCUGGACAUGCCGGCGGUGUCCUUCGUGAGCAACACUGAGUGUUUCGGUGAGAGACUGCUGCUUGCCAUCCUGGUGGUGUCCCACCCUGCCAACGCGGCGCUGAGGGACGCCCACCGCGCCCACGUACCCUGGGAGGCCCUGGACGCCCUGGGAGCCAGACGUGUGUUCGUGCUGGCGGACGCGAGUGGCGCGGGGCAGCCAGAGUAUCCGUCGGUGGGGCGCCAGCAGGUGGCGCUGGAGGCAGGGCGCCACCGAGACCUGGUGGUGGCGGAUUUCCCCGAGCACUACCGCAGCCUCACCUAUAAACACGUGCUGGCGCUGUCCUGGGCCGCUGCCUUCUGUCCCUCUGCCGCCUUCCUCCUCAAGAUGGACGACGACAUCAUGGUAGACGUGUGGGCGCUGGCUGCCCUGUUGCGGGCGGGGCCUGCCCUUGACGCCCAGGGCAGGCUGCAGGCCGGGCUGGUCUCGGGUGGGCGUCCUCUGGCACGGCAUGAGGCAUGGACGGCGGGGCUGGUGCAGAGGGGCCUGCGUCCACAGCGGGCAGGUGGCAAGUGGCGCGUCACGCAGCAGGAGUACGCAGGGCACGUGUACCCGGACUUCCUGUCAGGCUGGGCCUACCUGGCCACGCGCCCCGCCGCCACCGCCCUGCUGCAGGCCGCCGCAAGGCUGCCUCCCUUCUGGAUUGACGACGUGCAUGUGACGGGCACAGCGGCAGCUCUAGCAGGCGUGCCGCGCUACGCCCUCAACCGUCAUUACACCUUGCUGCCCUCAGCCGCCGCCUGCUGCUUGGAUCUCUCCACCCGCCACGACGCCCCUCUUCCCUCUCCCGCUCCCCUCUGUGACUUGCUGGUGGCGCCCUCCGGCAAGAACGUGACGCUGAUGGCGGCGUGGCUGACGGCUGCGCGGCGGUGUCAUCUGGAGGGCGUGUGUCCCGUCACUUUCCCUGCCGCCUGCCGCGCCACACACCUGCGCCAGGGAGUGGGCACCGUUAUCAAAUUGUCUUGACGUGCCGACGCUCGCACGCCCAGCAUCGCUCACGCUUAUGAAUUUUGUAGUGUGACGCAUGCCGGUGGUGGGGGAAGGCUGCCGCGGUGCCGCUGUGCAGCAGCCUCCGGCACGGGACAUUCCGGCACCACACAUGCCCGCUACUCUCAGGAAGUGACAGCCUGGCGUGGGACACUUGGUAUUUCCUCCACAGGGAGAGAGAGAGAGAGAGUGUGUGUGUGUGUGUGUGUGUGUGUGUGUGUGUGUGUGUGUGUGUGUGUGUGUGUGUGUGUGUGUGUGUGUGUGUGUGUGUGUGUGU